GAGGGGGAGGUCCAGGCUAGUAGCCCUGUGAGCCCGGGGGUGGGACGGAAGGAGGCAGCCAGCCUCGCCAGGGGUUUCUUUCAGGUAUCUUUGGCGGUGGAGAGGCUCUCUCUUUAGCCAGCUGAAGACAAAAUGGAGUUUUGGAGUCACCUGGGCAAGUCACAUGUCCAUGCAUGACUGAGUUCCUUACCAGCCAAGGCAUAUUCCUGGGAAAGCCCAGCUGUGGAUUGGCAUCUCCAAGUUCAUUGUUGGUUAUACAAAUAAGCAGGCUGGUCGCAGGGCCUGAGUGAGGGAAGAUAUCAGCGUUUUAAGGGCCUAACUGGCUCCUACUACUUCAGUUGACUGCCUGUUCUCCUCAAGUGGGUUCGGGAAGCCACACAGGAAGCUUCCUGAGAAGCUGGUGUUAAUCAGUCCAGGCUCCUGGGGGUGCUAGAGAGGGAGUGAGGUGGACAAGACGACACAUCAAAUGUUUCCUACUUCGUCUCCUGACAGGUCAGGUCACUGCAUGGCUGUUGGGCACUGUGUUCUGGGGAGACAAAGUUUCCUGUGAGCAUCCUGCAUGUGAUGGCAAGGUGGUGUCUGGCCCGGACUGUUACUGUGGUGUCCCUCACUGUAACUCUGUCUGCUGUUGCUGUCAGGUACCCUAGCUGCCGACUCCUCCACCCACUACUCCAUCCAUUCAGAGAGCUGGCCUACAGCUCAGUUCCAGUACAUUGGUUCCAUUUUUACCCUGUCAGCAUGUUGAGCUGUUACAAUCCAAAUGAAAAUGUCCACAACAAAGCUCACACCUCCCCAUAUCCAGGGUCAAAGGUUGAGCGCAGCAAAGUACCUACUGAUAAAGUGGGCUGGCUAGUUGAGUGGGAGGAUUACAGACCUGUGGAAUACACUGCAGCCUCUGUCUUGGCUGGACCUACGUGGGCAGAUCCGCAGAUCAGUGCCAAAAACUUUUCUCCCAGAUUCAAUGAGAAGGAUGGACAAGUGGAGAGGAGGAGUCUGAGUGGCUUGUAUGAGGUUGAAAAUGGGAGGCCCAGAAAUCCGUCAGGCAGGACGGGACUGGUGGGUCGAGGAUUAUUAGGGCGCUGGGGACCAAACCAUGCUGCAGAUCCUAUUAUAACUAGGUGGAAGAGAGAUAGCAGUGGCAAUAAAAUAAUUCACCCAAUCUCUGGCAAGAACAUUUUACAGUUUGUAGCAAUCAAGAGGAAAGACUGUGGGGAAUGGGCCAUCCCAGGGGGUAUGGUAGAUCCAGGAGAGAAGAUCAGUGCCACACUGAAACGAGAAUUUAGUGAGGAGGCCUUAAACUCCUUACAGAAAUCCAGAGCAGAGAAGGAAGAGAUGGAGAAGCAAAUGAACAGACUCUUCAACCAGGAACAUUUUGUGGUGUAUAAGGGAUAUGUGGAUGAUCCUCGUAAUACAGAUAAUGCCUGGAUAGAGACAGAAGCUGUGAACUACCAUGACGAACCUGGUGAGACAAUGGAUAACUUGCUUCUGGAAGCAGGAGAUGAUGCUGGGAAAGUGAAAUGGGUUGACAUCAGUGAGAAACUCAAGCUAUAUGCAAAUCAUGGCAACUUCAUCAGACUUGUAGCUGAGAAAUGGGGAGCACACUGGAAUGAAGACCCUGUUCCUGGCUGCCAUAAGUGAUGCUACUGGAAACUGAUAUCUUCUGUAGAACAUCCCUGAUUGAUGUGUAUCGUGCCUGGCUAAUUGAAUAUCUCUAAUAAUGCUAACCCUGAUAAUGCUGCAUUUGGUUGCUGACAAUCCCUCAAUGUUGCAGUAUUCUCAGGGAUAGCCUGAUGACUCCAACAUUGGGGGGGCGAAAUUACAUCAAAAAUGUCUGCUGGCAAGUGCUAAGAUUCAGCUCUAGAAAGGACUUUGAAUGUGGUCCGCUGAUUGGACACACAACUACACUCAACCAUAAGCAUCAUAACGGAGACGUUUUGACCAGCUCAGUACCACGGGUUCCCCGUGUUACGCAGCAUCACUCCUCCACACAUCCAUUGUGAGGAUGCUCUAGUCCGAAUGGUUGAGAAGAUCAGGGCAAACCUGAGCCUACCACCAUACACAGACAUCUUUGACCACCCAACAGUAUGUUUGUUGUCAAGGCCCCUAUUGUGGGCCCACUUGUCCUGUCAAGAUUUCUCUGUGAUGUCGAUGUGGUUUGAGCAAUGGUCUGCAGCUGAUGUCGGAAACCAUUCUCUUAUAACUGACCCAGUCAUGUGUGGACCCAGCCGUGAUUUGCCCACACUGCUCAUGUGUCCUUCUGAACCAAUUUCAAAUGGGCCAGGGUAAAUAUGCAGCCAACCCUCACAUCUGGGGCCAACAAAAGGAUUCCAUGUGCAGCUGUGGCCAAAAACAGACAAUGACACGCAUCACUGGCGACUGCCCUGUGACCAGAUUUGAUGGUAGUCUGAGGGACUGAACUUUGCUGCUGCCGUAAAUUGACUUGGCAAACUCCACUUUUAAUAAGAAGAAUACCCUGCAUCCCUCCCCCCCUUACUUGUGUGUUCCGAUGUUUAGCUGUUCAUAUGUAUGAUGUUCUGCCAGUGUUUAGCUUGAGUUGUCCUUGCUUUUGCUUAAGUUCAUCUUAUUUCUGUCCACUUACUCUAGUAAUUGUCUGCAACACAUGAAGGGUUGGUAUGUCUCCUUCCACUCUCCUUUAUAUUUAAUAAGUUGAGCUCUUUACCUUUCCUUACAGACCUUGCUUCUAAGUAUGUUAUCCUUCAGGUAUGCUUUACGCUCUCUGCCUUCAAAUUCUAAAAUAAUGUGACACCCAAAAGUGAAUUCAGCAUUUUUUGGCUAUUGUGCUGAAUAGUUAGAAUAACUUUUUUUUUUUUUUUGCUUGUUUUACAGGAGGUGCACCUCUUUAAUAUAGCACUUGUCUUUUCUGUGACUGUCUGCUACAUAAUUGCAAAUAAGCUCUUCAAAACCAAACAAUGCUGAAACUUCAAACUGUAUCAAAGUGUAACUGCUGCCAGCACAAUGUGUAUUAUCAGAGUUGUUGACAGUGUUUGGUGGUUGAAGCUUUUGUGCGGAUUUCUUGCUUCUCCCCACAAAUCAAAUGGGCAGGAUGAUAUUGUCAACAUGAAUAGAAAAUUCCGUUGCAUACUAUGUUCUUUUGCAGUUCGUUACUCUCUCAGCAUCACUGAUAAUAUCUGAGAGUGAUAUGUCAAACAUGUUCACCUCAAGAGGGCUGUUGAGGAAAGUCAGAUAAUGAGUUAAGGCUCAUUUUUCAAUGCUCUCCUAUCAGGAAUCAGGGCCUGGAGCCGAGCCAGGCUCUGGGCAACCUAAUGAGCACAGCCUGUAGUAGGCCGGCUGAUUGGCUCCACUGUCUUAUUAGUGGGAAGAGUCUGCUCAAAGCAUAUGCAGACUUGGUUGCAAUAGCUCCUGUGCCUGCUGGUUCCUAGCCUUGCUCUUACCUUGUUUCAGUCCUGGUGUUGCCAUCGACCCAGCCUUGGUAUGAGAUCAUUGUGGGCUCCUUCAUAGGAAAAUGAGUAAGUGUUAUUAAAGGCAAUUGAGUUUCUCCAAAUCCAUGGAACACCUACAUGCUUUACAAUUAUCUGCUGUUUGAGUGUCUCCCAAAGAUUCUUCACCUUUAACUUCACACAAACAAUUUAAGCUGCUAUUUCUUAAGUUUCCCAAUGUCUCCUAAUAUGACUGGUCUUUUGAAAGCCAUUUACUUAAUGGUCACUCUUCAACACUAGGGCAAAAUUCUGCCAGUUGCAAGUGUGGUUAUCCAGUCCUCACUGUGCUACAAAAAUGUAUGGAAGGGAUGGGUAGUUAUAUGCUGUAAAAAGUUUAAAGAGCUGAUAGUAUAAUUCAGUGUUCAUUAGCAGUUAUUCUCAUCCCUCAGUUGUCAUUGGUUGUAAGGGAAUGGGAGCCACAGGAAAGAAAGCACAUGAGGAGUAUUUAGGAAUGCAGUUAAUUUGGGACACUUGUAGAGGUUUGUGAAGUUUGCCCACCUGUUCAUUCCAGUCCGCUUAAUGGCUAAUUGAAUAGUUGCCAUCUAAAAUAUGAGGAGAAAUAAUAUAUAUCCCUUACCAACUCUAUUGCUUACAAAUUUUUAAGCGCUGCUCUAAGUUUGAUUUUUUGUUUUUGCUUCUGCUGCUACACAGGACUAAUAUUUCGGAAUAGGGUCCCAUUAUCUGUGAUACCUUCACAACUAAGAAUGGACCUUCAUGUUGAUCAACUGAUUUGAAAGACUAUUCAGUACUUUACACUUUUUUUUUUUACCAUUCCCAAGAUAGGGAAUGUGGAUUAUUUUUUUUUUUAAUUGGCGGUGAAGAAGAAAUAGUGGUACAUUUGUUGCAAGAGUAGGAAAUGAGAAAAAGGCUCUUGUGGGAAGUAGCUUUGGGAAAGUGUAAAACUAAUCUAGCCAAAUUAUGUCUACUUGUGGCUAUAUUAUAACAGAAAAGGAAGGACUUAAAACUAAAAACCUAACUUACAUGCCAUCUAUAUGCUUGUUGGAUAAACUUUGCAAUCAGAAAUUUUUAUACAACUGUGCAUAUGUUUCUGGAAGUGUUAAGACUCAAAAGAAAUAGUUCUUACUGAAUAUUGCACAAAGUUUAGAUCUGUAUAUUGAAGAAACAUUAAUUGUUCUGGUCCAUGAAUGCUGUUUUUAUUAAAAUUUCAUAGUCACAUUGUCAUUGAAUUUAUGUUUAAUCAAGCAUCACUGAGUUAAAAUCAGAUUAAAUAUAGGAAUGUUUUAUGCAGCUUUUUCAUUCUGUGUUGUAUGUGAAAGAUUUAAAUUUCCAGGAGGGGGAGGAGACAGAGGAAAGACUAAUACUAGGGGUUUUGUGUACAAACAGUUUUCUGAUUUGUUCUUAUUGAUAGUCUCUUCAUGUAUCAUUUAAAUUUCAUUACAGAAACAGAAGAACUAAUGUGUUUCAAUUAUUAAUAUAUAGGCAAAAAGCUAGUAGUCUCAUUUUUCCUGUAUUUAAGAGCAGUCCGUAGUUAGAGAUUUAUUUUAGUGUCUUCUCCCAGUUUCUCCACCACCCUCCAAUUCAUUUGCAUAAAGUUGUUCUAACUAUAGAAGUUGUGCCGCUAUAGUUAAAGAAACCUAUUUUCAGGGUGUUACAAAUCCUGUACUAUAACAUUCAAAUACAUUUUUGUGUUUGAGGUUAAAAUCUGAUGGGGCCACACUUUUCACUUCUAUACAGGGAGGAGAUCUGGAGAAUAAGAAAGAAGUACUGUUUCUACUGAAGUUUCUCUGUGGUUACCACAUGGUUUUUGGACUCUACAGGUCAGGAGGAGCAGUAGAUGUGACUGAGAGAAUGGCUACUAUCCAGUGCUUUAUCCCACUAUAAUUACUGGAGACUGACAGCAUUAUUUAAGCAUGUGGUACAUCUCAUUAUGUUAUUUCCUUGUACAAUCCUAAAUAAUUUCUCCCUCCAUGGUAUGUACAUCCUUCAAAGAUUGGUGUCCUGUGUCUCUGCACAUUCUUUGUUCCCUUAUCUCCACACUUUAUAUAAUUAGCUCUUUUAGUAUUUCAUCAUAAUCUUGCUCUUUAUUUUCAUCUGAACUUCUCUACUGUACUUGUAGUAAAUAAUUCUGUAUGGGAGGGGAGAUGGAUUUUAUUUCCUGUGGAAAGUAGUCAUGCCACAAUUACGUUAAUAGAAAAUCAACGAUAAUAAGGAAGUGAAAAUGUUUUGAUUUAAAAAACAAAAAUGAGGAAGGUACAAAUUGUGUCUGUCAUUUAAGCUUUCAAAUAAAAAUUGCUUAUAAAUAGA